AGAGGAUUGGCGCUGGAGCUGUGAUCUUUGCAGUCACGGACACCAUUUUGUGGCUAGCGGCGUUUUGACUUGGCAGCUCUGGGAAUUGCUGCAUGCGGAGGAGAGCUCGCCAGCCACAAGGGGAACCUGUUGGGCGUCGCGAGCGAGAAGUAGCCCAGUUGCGGCACUUCGCCUUGGAAUUGGGGAUUGCUGCAGCCUCCCUGGGAAUCGGGUCGUGCGCGGCAGCGGCAGCCUUGGGAGGAGGGCAUUUGGAGCUUGUGCAGCAGCAACCGCGAAAACCGCAGCAGCGGCGGCAGCAGCAGCAGGCGAAGAGGAAUUGGACGUUGCGCAUCCCCAUUCCUGGGUGGAGGCGAAGGAGGUUUGCACCUUUGCGCCAACGGCAGGAAGAGAAAGGGAUUUGGACCUUUGCGACUGCAGCGUCCCUGGCAGGAGGAGGAGGAGCUGACAUUAUCUCUACAGUAGAAUUCAACCACACAGGAGAAUUACUAGCGACAGGGGACAAGGGGGGUCGUGUUGUAAUAUUUCAACGUGAGCAGGAGAGCAAAAAUCAGCCCCAUCGCAGGGGAGAAUAUAAUGUUUACAGCACAUUCCAGAGCCAUGAACCUGAGUUCGAUUACCUGAAGAGCUUAGAGAUCGAGGAGAAGAUCAAUAAAAUACGAUGGCUCCCACAGCAAAAUGCAGCCUAUUUCCUUCUCUCCACCAAUGAUAAAACUGUGAAACUAUGGAAAGUCAGUGAACGAGAUAAAAGACCAGAGGGCUAUAAUCUCAAAGAUGAAGAUGGACGGCUCCGAGACCCCUCCACAAUUACCACACUACGGGUACCUGUGCUAAGGCCCAUGGAUUUAAUGGUGGAGGCAACUCCCAGAAGAGUCUUUGCAAAUGCACAUACCUAUCACAUCAACUCCAUCUCUGUGAACAGUGACUAUGAAACCUACAUGUCAGCAGAUGACUUGAGGAUAAACUUAUGGAACUUUGAAAUAACCAAUCAAAGUUUUAAUAUUGUAGAUAUAAAACCAGCAAACAUGGAAGAGUUGACAGAAGUGAUUACAGCUGCAGAGUUCCAUCCACAUCACUGCAACACCUUUGUCUACAGCAGCAGCAAGGGGACAAUAAGGUUGUGUGACAUGCGAACGUCUGCUUUGUGUGACAGACACUCCAAAUUUUUUGAAGAACCCGAAGACCCAAGUAACAGAUCUUUUUUUUCUGAGAUCAUUUCUUCAAUUUCUGAUGUAAAGUUCAGCCAUACUGGGAGGUACAUCAUGACCAGGGAUUAUCUCACUGUCAAGGUGUGGGAUCUGAAUAUGGAGAACAGACCUAUUGAGACAUACCAGGUUCACGAUUACCUCCGCAGCAAGCUGUGCUCCCUCUAUGAAAACGAUUGCAUUUUUGAUAAAUUUGAAUGUGUAUGGAAUGGGUCAGACAGUGUCAUCAUGACUGGCUCCUACAACAAUUUCUUUAGAAUGUUUGAUCGCAAUACCAAGCGUGAUGUGACUCUCGAAGCCUCAAGAGAAAACAGCAAACCCCGUGCCAUCCUGAAGCCCCGCAAAGUUUGUGUGGGGGGCAAAAGGAGGAAAGAUGAAAUUAGUGUGGACAGUCUGGACUUUAGCAAAAAGAUCCUGCAUACAGCUUGGCAUCCUUCGGAAAAUAUAAUAGCAGUGGCAGCAACCAAUAACCUGUAUAUAUUUCAAGAUAAGGUUAACUAGGAGAGGAAAAAGAUGCUCCUUGGGAAUCUAAUGUUCUGGAGACUAGCAAACAAAAGUUUUUUAAAGUUUUGGUUUUUUGUCCUGUUUUCUUAUCCUCUUUUUUUUUCUUUCAUCAUUCCUCUGCAGAGACUAACUAUGUAGAGAUAAACACUCAGAUUCCAACAUUUAUUGCUUUCCCCCCAGUGUAAGAGAAAUUGGGCUGGCAAAGCAAAUUAAGAACAGUUGAAUUCUAAGUACUGAGAGCAACCAAGUUGCAUACAGUGAGCUUGAAUCAUGUACGCUUUCAUUUUCCCCAGAAGUUGCUGGUAGAUUUAGUUCCUUUACAAAGAUAAUUUGUAAUCUAGAACAAAGGUAAGAUUAUACAACUAUAUUUACCAAAAAAAAAGAGAAAAAAACCCAAGGCCAUAAAACAAAGGUGCAUUGCAUUAAGCUGUCUCUCUUUUCUAGUCAAUUAUUUGGAGAUUUUUCUUUUCUUUUACCCUGUUUAGAAACAGAAAUUCAGAUUCCUGUUGGUUCAUUUCUUGUAAUUGACCAUUUACCUUUUUCAAGUGGUGCGUUCCUUUUAUUAACUCAGGGCCUUUCCAGAUGAUCAUUUAUUGUGCGCAUUUACCACACAAUGAAUGUUUUCCUAUAACUCAGUUCUUGUGAGAGGUACACUUUUUUUUUUUGCCCCAGAUUGCACAUUGGAUUAUAAAAUCGUAAGGUUGCAGCCUGUAAAAACACCAUAUUCAGUUUUUCACCCUUCCUCUACAGGACUCACUGCCUUGGAAGUUCAAUGAAGUCUAGUUGCACAACUCUCGUCACCUGUUAAGUAGUGUCUGUGACAUCAGAGGUGACCUAUGAUACAUCUUCACUUUGGCCAUACCACUAACUUACCUACAUUAGGAACGGAUGAAGACCAUUAAGGCCAAAUUAAUCCACCUACAGCUUUCUGACUUCCUUCCCUUUCUUUUCUUCCCUUAUGUUUAGUUCAGGUCUGCUGAUUCUUCGGUUCCAGUAUUGGAAUAUAAAUGCAACCAUCCUUUUCUUAAAACAAGAAUUAUUUUUUAAAAUUUAGGAAUUAGGUGAACCUCCCCAGUUAUGUCCCACCCUGUCCCAUCCCACUCAGCAUAGAAGAGUUUGUUCCCCUUCCAAGAAUGCAAAUUCCUUUCACUGCAUUUGGACAGGAGACUGCACUUCUAUUGCUGAAUGCAGGCUAGUGCAACUUUAUAUUAAAGGGCAGAAAGCCCCGUUUUUUUAUCUGGAAAGGGCCUCAGACAGGAAAAAAAAAAGGCAAGACAGAAGGAGCAGGUUUGCAGCAGUAACAUUUCGACUCAUCGUUCAUGAAGGGCCAGGGACGCUACUACAAGCUAUAACCUGUCUUCAUGAUUCCCCACAAAUGGCCUCUUGCGGAUUUGGCUGAGUCAAUCCUUUGGUGCCUUUUGAUGGUAUACAAAAUACCUUAGACGCAAUGCUUCCGAAACAUGGUAUUUGCAAACCAAAUUGAAUCUGAGCUUUCUUCUGCAAUUCCUGUAAUUUUAUUUUGGUUUUUUGUUUCUUUUUAUUUUUUUAGUUCUGAUUUUGCUUUGGAUGAGAAAACUCAGAACAGUUCUCUUUUAAUCUCUUGCAUGUCGUAAAUAUAUAUUUGUUGGGGGGGAGUCCCCUUUUUUCUUCUAGCAGUGUAUUUUUUAAAUUAUUGUUUGUUUGUUUGUUUGUUUAUUUAUUUAUGCCAAGUGUCAUUUUUUUCCCCUUUCUUUCUGAGAGAAAAAAGAACUCUUUAGUUACAACUGUAUGGCUUUUCAAAGAACUCAAACAAAAAUAACCACCAAACCAUCUUGUAAUGCUAUUAUUAUUAGCACUUGGCUGCUUUCUAAGAGAGGUUGCCCAUAGAUCUCCGGUAUGAAGAUUAACUUGAAUAGCUCCUCAUUUUUGCAUGGUAAACUGUCCGGUCCUACUACAAGGAUAAUGCCGGUCCUGCCUUCAUUUGGUCAGUUUGGGAGGGAAAAAAGCGGGGGGGAGGGAGCAAUCAGAGAGCAGAUUCUUCAAAAAAUAAACUUAAUUCUUUCUCUAACAAGGCAGGUAUUUGAAGAUCAAUGUGCUUUGCAUUUUUCUGAUUGUAAAAAGGAGGCAAUAGCUUCAACUUUUGUGAUUGUGGCAGUGAAGCAUACAUGAAUUUCCAGAUAUGUUCUCCAGCAGAAUGAUUGAAAACCCUUAUUUUCCUGUUCUCAGCUACCAAGGCUUUCACCUUAAAAAUGAGACUGUGGCUACAGAUUUCUGAAGAGGAUAUCAAAUCUGCAUGGCUGUCCAGAACACUAAAGGGGAGGGGACAUUAAAAUUCCUAGAAACAAGAGGAAGUUUAAAUAUUUGGAACCAAACUUUUCAUCAUUAUUAGACCACUUGCUACCUUGUCCUCUUUUCAUGAGGCUGCUCAGGACAGAGUCAAAUUAGUGGUUUUGCCUUGUUUAAAGGAAUGAUUACGGGGGGAAAAAAGUAUGCUGGCUUAUAAACUUACUACAAGUAAUGGCUUUCAGAAGUAGCCUUUUUUAAAAGAAAAGUGAAAUGAUAAAAAAUAGUAGAUGGGUCAUUUUUCUAUAAAAAGAAACAAAAAUAACAAGCCUACAUUCUGGUACCAGAAGAAACAUUUUCUCCAGGAUGUUCUGAUACAAAGCUGCCAAUUACCAAAUGUUGAGGAAUUCAAUUCAAAGGUCUGGCACAACCCCAAACAUUGUCUAGAUCAGCCUUCCUCAACCUGGCUCCCACAUUUGGAGGGUGGCAGUUUGGGAAAGGCUACUUUAAAUUUAGACCUUCUGCCUUCACUUAAUCUCACAUGUGCUCCUAGGAACAGAGAAUAAAGGUGACGUGUUUUAUGGAAGGUAAUGUCUGCUGAAUGUCAAAGUAGUGGAACAUUUAACAAUCUUUGGAAAAGCACUCAGACAGGAUUCUAAACAGGGCACUCAUCCACCAAGGUUUGUAAUCAGAAUCUGGUAUUCUUAAAGGGAAGUCAGUAAUGGAGUAUAAAACAUAGUUAUGAACCAGAGAAGACUGGAUGUUUGCAAAGGGUCCCCCCCACCUUUGAUUUUAGUUCUUCUUGCUUCAUCAUUAACCACUUUUGAAUCUCUAAAGCAUUUUAAAAUAACUUGUCAAACACUGUGCUCUGCUCCUGUUAGACCAUUAUACACCCAACUGCAUGGAAAGAGCUUACAGGAGAAUUCUAUGAUCCAUGUCAUGCACGUAUUCCCUUGGUGGUACCUGCUGCAACAUAGUCAUUCACACUGUUUCAUCAUGCACAACUGGGUCCAGAUUGCCUCAGAUUAUCGUUUUCCUUUCAAGGGUUCCCCAGAGAGCAUAACACACAGAAGCACUCAGGGACUAUGAAGCUCAUAACUUAUUGGACUAUGAUGUUAAGGAGUUUGAAGCUCCCUUCACAUUUACUUUUCCUUAAUUAUCCUGCGAUAAUGCCCAAACUUGGUGCAGAGGAUCCAAUCCUUUUCCACGUGCCAGCUAACAAUAGGGCUUAACCUUUGUAUUGAUUAAAAAGGUUCUUAACAUCAGGCACAUUUCAUCAAAGGUAGUUUACAAGUUAAAUGGGCAUUUCUGGUAGCAUUUAGCAGGUGUCAAACCCAUUGACCUUUCCACUCAGGGCCAACAAUCUGCUCCACAGUGUAUCAGAUUGCAACAGAGAUGGUGAGAAAAAACUGUAUUAUCCCACAGUCUAAUAAAGGUCUUUAGCUUUUUUGAUGCUUCCACGGCUGAUCUAGGUGAGCCCUUGAAGACACUCUAGGGGGGGAAAAAAUCUGAAAAACAGGAAGGAGGAAAAAAAUUAUCCCAGGUUGGGAAUGUUGUACUCCUCCAAAAAGUCCAAGGCAGAAGAUUUCUUGCAUCUAGAACUUCAACCUAGAAUACUCCUCCACAGUUUGGUGCCUUCCAGAUGUUUCAGGACUGCAACUCUCAGAAGACCAUGGAAUCUAAACAUUCAGGAUGUUGUAGUCUCAACCUAACUGGAGGGUGCCAUAUUGGAGAAAAUGCCUAAAAAAUUGGGGGGGGAGAGAGGGAAGAAUCAAUCUGGUAUAGCUCAUAUGUCUGAAGAGCCAUAAGAAAGUGGAGGGUAAUCCCAGAGACCACGUCUAUGGUUCUUAAAGCUAUAAAUGUGAUUUCUAAGAGAAACCUGUCAACCUAGCACCUAAGUGAAAGACUAUUCUUGUAUGGCAGUAUUAUUGUAAGAACAAAUUCAUAAUUUCAAAUGGAAUAUGGUUGCAGUAAUUAUGUUGCAUUUGACUACAUAGCUUUGUUUGUUUAAGAAUUGCAAGGAAUUUGAUAAAAACUGGUGGAGCUCAAUGAAGAUUUUCUAGGGUUUUAAUAUUGUGUCUAAUUCAUAUGCUACCAUACUCUAUAUAGAGACAACCUGUUAACAUUUGUUUUAUUUCUUGAAUUAAUAUCCAAAAUAAUACUCAAGGCAACUAACAGUAAAAAAUAUAUAUGUGGGGUGAUAUAAUUGGUAUAUACAACUUGCACAAUUAGAAAACAGGAUUGUGGUUGGUGCGAGAAGGUUAAGAGGAACAAGCUUUCUUGCUCUGCCUGUGAUGGUUGUAUCUACUUCAUUACUAUUGAAAAACCUCACCUUGACCACCUUUGCACCAGAAAUUCUAAUUCAUGAUCUCAUCAAU